GCCGGGUAGGGGAGGCAGCGAUGUGAGCUGGACGCUCGCCCCUGAGGAAUCUGAACGUCUCGGGAGAGUCGCCGGCUGUGCCAGGAAGCAAACUUCAAGCAGACUGAUUUAAAUCUAGAUCUUACUUGGGAAGCAUAAAUGUCCAAUAAACUGUGUGUUGUAUUUUAAUCUGGAAAAUACUCAAGCUCCAGGGGCUUAUCAUCCUAUACUUUACUUUCUGAAACCCUGCAAUCCCAUGUGGACUUCUGGUAGAAUGAGCAAUGCAAAGAGUUGGCUUGGACUCGGCAUGUCCUUAUACUUCUGGGGAUUGAUGGACCUUACAACCACCGUCCUCUCAGGCACCCCAACACCUCAAGACGAAUUAGAAGUACUCCUGUCAGACAAGCCACAUUCACAUCUGCGAAUAAAGAGGAGUUGGGUUUGGAACCAGUUUUUUGUUCUGGAAGAGUACACUGGAACUGAUCCAUUGUAUGUCGGCAAGCUUCAUUCAGAUAUGGAUAGGGGAGAUGGAUCCAUCAAAUACAUCCUGUCAGGAGAAGGCGCAGGCAUCGUGUUUACCAUCGAUGACACCACCGGCGACAUCCACGCCAUCCAGAGACUUGAUCGAGAGGAAAGAGCCCAGUAUACUUUAAGGGCUCAAGCCCUGGACAGGCGAACAGGCCGUCCAAUGGAGCCAGAAUCAGAGUUCAUUAUCAAAAUCCAAGACAUCAAUGACAAUGAACCCAAAUUCCUGGAUGGACCUUAUGUUGCCACAGUGCCAGAAAUGUCACCAGUGGGUACCUCUGUUAUCCAGGUGACAGCCACAGAUGCUGAUGACCCGACCUAUGGCAACAGUGCCCGGGUAGUGUACAGCAUUCUCCAGGGCCAGCCAUAUUUUUCUGUGGACUCCAAAACAGGUGUAAUUAGGACAGCACUCAUGAACAUGGACAGAGAAGCCAAAGAAUACUAUGAAGUGAUUAUCCAAGCCAAGGACAUGGGAGGGCAGCUUGGAGGACUGGCUGGGACUACCACAGUCAACAUCACCCUCUCAGAUGUCAAUGAUAACCCACCCCGCUUUCCCCAGAAACAUUAUCAGAUGAGUGUGUUGGAAUCUGCUCCAGUUAGCUCCACAGUGGGGAGAGUGUUUGCUAAAGACUUAGAUGAAGGAAUCAAUGCAGAGAUGAAAUACACUAUUGUGGAUGGAGAUGGUGCAGAUACCUUUGACAUUAACACAGAUCCCAGUUUCCAAGUUGGCAUCAUAACUGUGAAGAAGCCCCUGAGUUUUGAAAGUAAGAAAAGCUACACAUUAAAGGUGGAAGGAGCCAAUCCUCAUCUAGAGAUGCGUUUUCUAAACCUGGGCCCAUUUCAGGACAUGACAACAGUACACAUCAGUGUGGAGGACGUGGAUGAGCCCCCUGUAUUUGAACCUGACUUUUAUUUUGUGGAGGUGCCUGAGGAUGUGGCAAUUGGAACAACUAUACAGAUCAUUUCUGCUAAGGAUCCAGAUGUGACCAACAACUCAAUCAGAUACUCCAUUGACAGAAGCAGUGACCCUGGAAGAUUUUUCUAUGUUGACAUAACAACAGGUGCCCUAAUGACUGCAAGACCCCUAGACCGGGAAGAAUUUUCUCGGCAUAAUAUCACUGUGCUUGCUAUGGAAAUGAACAACCCCUCCCAGGUGGGAAGUGUUUCUGUCACAAUUGAAGUCUUAGACGUGAAUGACAAUGCUCCAGAGUUCCCCAGAUUCUAUGAAGCUUUUGUUUGUGAGAAUGCCAAAGCUGGGCAGCUGAUCCAGACAGUGAGUGCUGUGGACCAAGAUGACCCACACAAUGGUCAACAUUUCUACUACAGCUUGGCUCCUGAAGCUGCUAACAACCCCAACUUCACUGUAAGGGACAACCAAGAUAACACAGCCCGGAUUCUCACCAGGAGGUCUGGCUUCCGGCAGCAGGAACAGAGCAUAUUUUACCUGCCUAUUCUGAUAGCAGACAGUGGGCAGCCAGUGCUAAGCAGCACAGGCACACUGACCAUUCAGGUGUGCAGCUGUGAUGAUGAUGGCCAUGUCAUGUCCUGCAGCUCCGAGGCCUACAUGCUCCCAGUCAGUUUGAGUCGGGGUGCCCUCAUCGCCAUUCUGGCCUGCAUUUUUGUCCUCUUAGUGCUGGUGCUGCUUAUUCUGUCCAUGAGGAGACACCGGAAACAGCCGUACAUCAUCGACGACGACGAGAACAUCCACGAAAACAUCGUGCGCUACGACGACGAGGGCGGCGGCGAGGAGGACACGGAGGCCUUCGACAUCGCGGCCAUGUGGAACCCCCGGGAGGCACAGGCAGGCACCGCCCCCAAGACGCGGCAGGACAUGCUACCCGAGAUCGAGAGUCUGUCCCGCUACGUGCCUCAGACCUGCGCCGUCAACAGCACUGUCCACAGCUAUGUGCUGGCCAAGCUCUACGAGGCCGACAUGGACCUGUGGGCCCCGCCCUUCGACUCUCUCCAGACAUACAUGUUCGAGGGGGACGGCUCGGUGGCAGGGUCGCUGAGCUCCCUACAGUCUGCCACCUCGGACUCGGAGCAGAGCUUCGACUUCCUGACGGACUGGGGACCCCGCUUCCGGAAGUUGGCUGAGCUCUAUGGGGCGGCGGAAGGGCCGGCGCCUUUGUGGUGAGGGAAGCCGGGAGGCCGCGAACGCCGGAAUCCAGACGCGCUCGGAGGAUACUUUGGUGAACAAGGGGCAGCAGAUCACGCGAGCAAUAGAGUUCUGUGCUGGAGAGUAAGGAUCGGGGAGAACGGGGCGAACAGAGCUCUCUCUGGAUCAGCUUUACUUGGUUAUAUUAAAUUCAGUAAUCAAGGUGAAACCCAAGAAGAGAAGGACAGAAUCUCCAAUUACCUUUUGUUUUUAAAUUUUCUGACACUGUUUAAAGGGUUGGAGUCCAUGGUAUUAGGCAAGCUUGGCUUUUCUGCUAUUCACAGGGCCUUUGUCACUUUGCCAGCACAGAAGAGGCUCUGGUCGUAAAUAGAGAGAUGACCAGUGAACACAGGUAGAAAGUUCUACUUUCAUGUCCGGAUUUUUUUAUUAAUAUUAUUUUAUUUUCCAUUUAAGAGUUUUGCUGGAUCAUCAAACUGCAGAAAACAACCUACAGAAAAGAACAAUGAAAAAUUGUUCCUCAGUGAAAUUAACCUACCAGUUCUGGGAUGGAUGGAAUUUCUUUUGAGACAAGGUUAAGACUGAGUCAGCCUUGCAUGGGGGAUGGGUGGGAGGGUGGGAGAAGGAAGAGAUAAUGACUUUGUACUCAAGUUUUAUACCUAGCUGAACCAAGAGUUUUUGGCAUUACAGCUAAUCUAGUGCCACUGAGUUAGAGUGCUUCUGUUCUCCUUUCAGCUCUUUCAGCCCCUGCAAAAGUGUUCAGAAUGAAAUGUGAAAAUCUGCCUCUUUUGCACUGUAGAUGUCUCUUCCAUGUGCCAAAUGUGGAGAUUAGAUGCUACAAAUGAAAGCCAAAUAAAAAGAAGUACCUGGUAAAAGCAUGGGUUAGAGGGCUUUCCUAAUCUGUGUGAGGUCAAUCCAAGGGAUGUUUACAUACUGUAGAUAACCUACUUGAACAAAAAUCAGUAUUAUAGAGAAUAAAUGGAUGUAAGAAAAUUACAUGUAUAAGUUUUGUAUAUUUGUUAAUAAUUUUGGUAAUAAAUAUGAUGUACUGCAUCACAGUACCUUAGCACUUCUUUUAAUAAAAGUUAAAUAGAAGGGAGAGUCUAUUGCCAAUUUGUUUAAUUGCUGAA